AUGGGAUCUCUUGUCAGCCUCGGUUGUGUUGCCGUCGCCCGCCCCUUGACUCUUGUGCGCGAGAACUCCAUGCUGCUCUGGGACCCCACCAACCAGCACUAUGCCGCCACCGCGUGCCCAGCUGGUUUGCGAGACAGAAACCCGCAGAGCUUGCACGGCCUCACGGGCACCAAGACAGCCUUUCGCAAGGCCUGGACAAAGUACUAUGGGGAACUGACGGCCUACGGGGAGAGCCUCUGGGCGUGUUGCCGACUACAGGAGACGAUCAAACAACUCCACCCAGGCUGGGCCUCCUGGACGAGCCUCCACUUGCUCCGCAUGAGCGGAGCGAGUGGUGACCUUCUAUGGAAGGUCGGGUUCACGUUCGGUUCCAACCUCUCCGAGACCGUGAGCCGGUACUAUCGCACCUACACGAAGCCUCACAACGUCAUGUUGGUGGGCACUGAGGUUGUGUAUUGCCUGGAAUCCCAUUGGAGAGCCCAGAGCCUUGAGCGACGCCUGCAUCACUUGAUGCGGCUUCACUGGCCACACUUGAAUGUGGCUUUUGGUAAGAACAGUGUAUCAUGCAGAUGCACGAGAGAUCUUAGGAAAGUUGCUGGCCGAAGGCAUUGCGUAUGA